UCACGUUUCACAUUCAGCAACAAGGUGAUGGCCUCCCCCAGUGUUCUGCUGUCAGAGGUGCAGUUUCAGUGUUGUAUCUGUCAGGAUGUUUUCUCUGAGCCCGUCUCCAUCCCCUGCGGUCACAGCUUCUGCUUCGCCUGCAUCACUUCACACUGGGAUGACAGCCUCGCCAUCAGCUGUCCCAAAUGUCAGAUAGGCUUUGAGGGCCGCCCAGAGCUUUGUGAAAACUCCUUUGCCAAGGAAAUGUCAGAGAAGAUCAGAGCGAGAAGGCAGAACGGCGGGAUGCCAAUGGCACGGAAAUGCAUCAAUUGUGAUGUAUGCGAGAGAAAGCAAACAAAGGCCCUGAAGUCCUGCCUUGUGUGUCUGACCUCAUAUUGUGAGAGUCACCUGGAGCCACACCUGAGAGUUUCCACUUUGAAGACUCACAAGCUAAUUGAACCUGUGGCAACGCUGGAGAACCGGAUGUGUAAAAAACACCAGCGGCUCCUGGAGCUGUUCUGCAGAAGCGACCAAAGGUGCGUCUGCGUGCUGUGCACGGAGACCGACCACCGCAGUCACGACACCGUCCCAGUGGAGCGAGAGAGUCAGCAGAAAAAGGCUCAGUUGAAAAGGAUCCAGGCUGAUGUUCAGCAGGUGAUCCAAGGCAGACUGCAGAAAGUGGAGGAGAUCAAACACUCUGUGGAGCUCAGCAAAGAAAACUCAAAGCGGGAAAUAGUGGAAAGCAUGGAGGUCUUCUCCACUCUGUUUCACUUCAUGGAGAGAAGUCAGGCUGAGCUGGUGGAUGUGAUCCAGAGGAAGCAGGCAGCAGCAGAGCAGAGGGCAGAGAGGCUCAUUGCAGAGCUGGAGCUGGAAAUCACUGAGCUGGAGAGGAAGAGAAGUGAGAUAGAGCAGCUUUCUCACACUGAGGACCACCUCCAUCUUCUGCAGAGGUUUUCAGCUCUGAGUUCUGCUCCACCUGCCAAAGCCUGCUCUGACAUCUUCGUCCACUCAGAAACAUGUUUGGGGACUGUCAGGAGAGCGGUGGCCGACAUUGAAGAGCAGCUUCAAUCAGCUUUGAAGAAGCUUUCCAUUCAAGAGCAUGAGAAGGUGCAGCAGUAUGCAGCUGAUGUACAUCUGGACCCCGGGACAGCCAACCCAUGGCUGGUUCUGUCAGAGGAUGGGAGACAGGUCUGGGAUGGAGAUGUUGAACAGAACCUGGUGGACAUACCUGAGCGUUUUGACACGGCACCAUGUGUCCUCGCCACCAGGGGUUUCACCACAGGGAGGCACUACUGGGAGGUAGAAGUGGGAGACAAAACAGCGUGGGACUUGGGCGCAGCUCGAGAGUCAGUCAACAGGAAGGGCGUGGUCACACUGAGUCCAGAGGACGGUUACUGGGCUAUUUGUUUGAGGAAGGGCUGUGAAUACCGGGCAUGUGCAGGACAGGCGGAGCUGCUGUGUGUCCCUCAGAGGCCGCAGGUUGUUGGGGUGUUUUUAGAUUACGAGGACGGGACGUUGUCCUUUUACGAUGCAACGGCCAAGUUACACAUCUAUUCCUUUAAACACUUCCAAUUCACUGACGCCAUGUUUCCCUUUUUUAACCCAGAUAUGAGAGACAGCGGGUGCAACAAAUCGCCUCUUAUAAUCCGCCCUGUCAGUGUGGUCAAUGGAGGCGAGGAUUUAGAUGACAUAACAAUCUGAUGUGAAAUGGAUAUUCAGCGUCUGUUUUGCAAGUCAUGGUGUUUUGUUUUAAACCGCAUAAAACUGCUCUGUGUUGAUAUGAACAUUUUAAUUACACCUCAGUGACCUACACCAUUUGUAAACUGAAAUGAAACAAAUCAACUUUUGUGUUAUUCUAAAUGUGAACGAAGUAUCAAGCAGUAGUAUGGUUUAUUCUGCCAGCAAUGAAUCCGAAGGUAUACAUGGUGUUUUAGAUUAAGGCUGUACAUAGUGUACAAUAAAUAGACUUCAUUUGUCACCUAAA